CUAUUGGACAAUAGAAAAAUCGGCCUGGCAUUAUUCAAUUUCCGUUAUUGGAUAAUGCCAAGAGUUUUCUAUAAGUUCUAGAGCCGGUUUUCUAAGUUGUAUUGUGCCUUAGGCAUUAGAAGUUGUACCAUUGCCUGUAAUUGAGAAUAUUUCCCUGGAAUUAAAACAACGUCAAAAUUUUAACAGAGCCCCCAUCAUUUUUUGUCUCUCCCCGGACAAAAGAGAGAGAAUGAUUUUGUCUGUAUAAUCUAGCAACAAAGAAGAAACCCAGUGAAAAAAGCUUGAAUUUUUCAGGCUGAAGAGCUGAGUAUAUGGAUUGACUGACAGAAAGCAAGUUCAUUUGAAGUUUUAUGCUCUUCAGCUGUUGUGAUAUGAUAAUUUGACCCGCAAAAUUCAUAUUCAUCUUGUUAAGGAACUUGCGAAUAUGUCUAAUGGAGAUGUUAGAAAGGUCUCCCUACAGGACAUACAGCUGGUUCAAAAUCUAAUCGAAAGGUGCCUUCAGCUUUACAUGAGCCAGAGUGAAGUCGUGAAUACCCUAUUGCACCAGGCAAAAAUUGAGCCUGGUUUCACUGAACUUGUUUGGCAAAAGCUUGAAGCUGAAAACCAGGAUUUUUUCCGGGCAUAUCAUCUGAGACUAAUUGUGAAGGAGCAGAUAUUGCGAUUUAACCAAUUGCUCGAGAGACAGGUUGCACUUAUGCGCCAAAUUAGUCAGCCUGAAGUUGUUUCGAUCUCUCACUCGAAUGGGUCCCAAAUUCUACCAAUACACAACAACACAGCAUACCAUUCACCGAAACCUUCGGUACAAUCGAUAAAGCCAGAAAAUCUGCCCCAAACACAAGUCAUCAAUUCCUUUCGUAAUAUCUACACCAACGGUACAACCAAUAUGCAACAGCCCAUGCAAGUUGCUGUCAAUGUGCCAACGGGUGGGCCAGAAAACGUGCUAUUGGGCCAAGGCCCGAACGUGGGCUUGAUGCAAGGAUUGAAUGGGGGCUCGGUAAAAGCGGAAUGUGGCUACACAAGUGAUCCCCCACUCAUGUUUGGAGCUGAGAAUAGUCUCUUGGAUCCACAUAAUGCAAUUGGGGAUGCCUCGAGUUCUUUUAAUGGCGGGGAGUCGAGCUCACAGGCAUUGAACGGGAUUUUGGACAAUGAGACGAGCUCAUUCGGGAUUUUGGGACAGAUGCCUCGAAACUUUAGCUUAUCGGACUUGACGGCUGAUUUUUCUAACAAUAAUGAUAUUCUGAGCUAUUCUCGAUCUCCAUUUUUGGGAACGGAUGCAAACUUCUUGGACCCUCAUAUUGGAGGAGGACAGCAAGACAUGAGGAGGAGAGACUCGGUAUCAGAUGCUUUUAGUUACGAUGAUUUUGCCAGUGAUUGAAGGAAUUCCUAUUACAAUUAGGGCCGGUUGCUGGGUUUGGACGGAGGUUGUUGUAAGUAACUUUCCAGAUUUUUUUACGAUUCAAAACUAAAACGAAGGGUACUUUUUGUCGAUGCUUUACCGGGUAAUAAUGUAAACUGUGAUAUUUGAUGAUCCUUGUUAGUAGGAUUUAGUUUGAAGGUAUUUUACAAGCGAAGGCUUGUUAAUGUCUUAUUGAUUUCUUUUCCAUAAGUUAGAUCUUUUACCAGAAAUUAUCAGAAUCAUGUAUCGAACUUAUUUUACUGUACUCAGUGAGCAUAUUUACUGUGUCGACAAAGGAGUCGGUUGAAAACCCGUUGUGUUCUCUUUGAGAAUAAUUUCGCCAUUUGGCUCGAAAUAAAAGAAACAUUUUUUCGUUGAACUGUGACUGUAACUAGUUCAAGUUUUCUUUUUUAGUUCAAAUUUACCCUCGCAUGAUGUUGAGUUUUUUGGAAAGAAAAGAAAAAUAUUGGAGAAAAAAAAAGAAAAAGCUUCGGAAGUUCUUAUUGAUAUCUCAUCCUGUAG